CUUGUGUCUGCUCCUUGCACUUCCUGCUGUGCGACAGUUAUCUGUGCUCUCAACCAGUGACAGAGGACAGUCAAGGAGUGAGGAUUCACUGAGCUUCAGUGCCCCACAUUAACAUAGAAGGAUACCAAGUGAUGGCUCCAAGGAACAAGAUUCCUCUGCUUCGUAUAGGAGUUCUGCUAAUUGUGAGUUUGGCUGUAAUCAAGUUUGCAUAUAAAAGCAGAAAACCCCACACUAUAGCAGCUCCUCAGGGGAUAGAAGAGAAGUCACCAAAAGAAAGGAAAGACGACUAUUUUUGGGGAAAGGAAGGUGAAUCCCAGUUGAAUUCGGACAAGCAGGAACUUCCUCCCGAGCCACCAACCGAGAUGGAAGAAAACGCUCCAGUGGAAGAAAACAUUCCGGUACAGAAGAAGAGCGUCACCAAGGAUUUCAGUGGCAUUCAAAUGAGACUCGUUCACUUGGACCUUAAAGGAGCCGCCCCAAAGGUUUCUUACUUGGAACAGAUAUUUCCACUUCUUUCCAAGAUGGGGGCCAACGGCUUGCUCAUAGAGUAUGAAGACAUGUUCCCUUUCAGCGGGGAGUUAGAAAUCCUGAAGUCUCCGUAUGCUUACAGUAAAGAAGACAUUGAAAAGAUACUACACCUGGCAGAAAUAAACAAUCUAGAAGUGGUGCCUCUAAUCCAAACUUUUGGGCAUAUGGAAUAUGUUCUAAAGCACGAGAACUACAGGUCGCUGCGAGAGGUGGAGCAAUACCCCAACAGCAUAAACCCACACCAUGCAGAGACCUUGCCGCUGGUGAAAAAGAUCUUGGGCCAAGUUCUAGACCUCCAUCCCAUGGCCGGCUUUGUCCACAUUGGGUGUGACGAGGUUUUACACCUUGGAGAAGGGCAAGAUUCCAAGACCUGGUUGAACAAUAACAAUGGAGACUUAGGCAAGAUGUUCCUCUCCCACGUGAAAGAGGUGCUGAAUUUCUUGAACAGUCACUACCAUGACAAGAAUGCGCUCAUGUGGGACGAUAUGCUGCGGUAUCUCAACAUGGAGAUCAUAAAGGGAGCCAAUAUCAGCCAGUAUGUGUCCCCCGUAUUGUGGAUUUAUGGCCAGGACUUCGACAUUCAACAAGCAGAAACAUUCAUAGAGAAGUACCAGGACGGUGGGUUUCCUUCUGUGUGGUUUGCAAGUGCCUUCAAAGGAGCAUCUGGCCCUGAUCAGAUGUGGACCCCCAUUGGCUUGCACAUGAAUAACCACCUGCGUUGGAAACAAGUGAUUGAUAACAUGCACAAAUUUCCAAACAUUCGCUAUGGUGGCAUUGCAAUGACUGGGUGGCAAAGGUAUGAUCAUUACUCUGUGCUGUGUGAGUUACUGCCUGUAGCGAUCCCUUCUCUGGUCGUGUGUCUGAGGGCCAUUCAGCACGGGCCACUCACUGAGGAAUCAAAGACAGAGAUCAAUCAGAUACUGGGCUUCAGUAAAAUGGAUUUAGAGAAGAACAUUUGUGACGGCAAUGGAGCCUUCCCUGGGGCUGAGAUUUACAGGAUGGUUCGCACCAUCAACAGUGAUUUGAAAAAGAAAGUGCAAGAAACUAUGGAAGGAGACAGUGAAAUCCGUGGCUGGUUUUCCCGAUAUCAUAGGAAGCAUCGCUUUGGAAACCCGUACAAGAUGGAGACUUUCAGAGACAAAGUGUUAAAGACCCACGAAGAAUGGGAAGCCCUCACCGACAACCUGCGCGUCCAACUGGAGACCUUCUAUUUUCCCGACACAGUGGAAGAGUGGAUGGAGGAGAACGUUGACCUGCACUUGGACGCCCUGAGAAAAAUGGCAAAAGACUUCAAAGAGAUCCUGGAGCUUAAGGCUCAACCUAAGGUGGCCUUAAAGAAGUGAUGGGCCCCCAGAGAACAACAGUAACAAGUAUUUAAAUGAAGAAUUACACUUAGAAGAAAUUUAUGAGAAAGUUCAAGGCCAGAUCUCCAAAGCUAACUAGGAGACCCUCCAUCUUUAAAUGAACUACAUCUCCCAGCAUGAUAUUGCCACUGUUUUCCACACCGUGGAGCAGUGCAUCGAAGCAUGGCACCAUGGUUGAUAACUGCUCCUGUGAGCAUUUCUAUGCCCUGGAAUAUUUAAAGGAUAAGUAAACUUUAAACAUAAGUGAAUGUUAUAUUAAUGAGGGUGCUAUUGUAAGCACUUUUGUACAUUCAUUAUUUAUUUUGUUUUAUUUUGUUCCAAGAUAUUAAGGGAUAC